AUGGCACAGACAACUGCGAAGCGGAUCAAGCCCGAUCCUCUCAUCAUCGGCACCCAUAAUGGCCACUUUCAUGCUGACGAGGCCCUAGCAGUCUACAUGCUAAGACUUCUACCCGACUACGCCUCUGCCACCCUCGUCAGAACUCGUGACCCAGCCUUACUGGACUCUUGUCACACCGUUGUCGAUGUUGGAGGUGAAUACGACGCUAACAAAAACCGUUAUGAUCACCACCAACGGACCUUCAACUCCACCUUUCCCGAUCACCAGACCAAACUGUCCUCUGCUGGGCUUGUCUAUAUGCACUUUGGCAAGGCCAUUAUCGCACAACAUACCAACCUCCCUCUGGAUCACCCAGAUGUCGAACUCCUUUACCAAAAACUCUACGACGACUUUGUGGAGGCAGUGGACGCCAAUGACAAUGGCAUCUCCAAGUAUGACGAUGCCCAGCUCCAACAGGCCGGUGUAGAGAAGCGUUUCAAAGACGGUGGGGUGACUUUGGCCAGUUUGGUCAACGACCUGAAUCAUGAUGACCCCCUCGCUGUAGGCAUUCCAUCAAGAAGCACCGAAGAUCAGCCACAAGCGGAGGAGGAUUAUCGUUUUGGUCAAGCUUCAACCCUUAUGGGCCACUCAUUCCUUCGAAAACUUCAUGGUGCUGCUACGGCUUGGUUGCCUGCGAGAACGACUGUCAAGGAGGCGUUUCACUCCCGUCUGAACAAUCACCCGUCUGGUCAACUGCUGGUCUUACCCCGAGCUGGAAUACCCUGGAAGGAACAUCUCUACAAUAUCGAGGAGGAAGCAAAUCUUCAGGCAGAUCAACAGCUUCUGUUUGUCAUCUACCCAGAGAAAGAAGAUCCAGGCUCCAAAUGGAGGAUUCAGGCUGUUAGUAAGAGUUUGUCCAGCUUUGAGAAUCGUAAGGGUCUCCCGGAGCCGUGGCGUGGUCUUAGAGAUGCUGAGUUGGAUGCUCUUCUCGGUGAGGAUGUUCAAGAUGGCGCUGUAUUUGUCCAUGCCAGUGGGUUUAUCGGCGGCCACAACUCUGAAGCCGGUGUGCGCGCUAUGGCUGCCUUGGCUUUAGCAACCUGA